GUCACGAUUUACUGCUCUCCCUUAUUCACAGAGUAGACCACUCCUUAUUCCGGUCAUGUGCCGGGUUACUCAAUAUACGCAGCGGACACAUAUUCCCGGUCCGGCGUUGCGCGUGGGCGUAAUCUAAAACGGUAGCGGAUCCGCCAAACGGCAGCCGUGGCCGACGUACGCGUUUCUUAUUCGUCCAUCUGUAUUUACGAAAUCAGAAAUGUUUUGUUAUACUUUGGGGUGAGAUAUAGUGUUAGAUGAAUUAAGUACUGCGCUAUCUUUCGUCGCUCAUCCAAAUCUCAUCACAUCUCGUCCAGCCAUAACGAACAACAGUUAAGAUCCGAUCGCAUCGCCGUCGAAUAUCGUGCUACAACAUUCUUUCUGCCUUUAAAAUUAACGGGAGAUCUAGCAAUUUUACAGCUUGCAAUCUGUAUAUAUUCAUCUUGCCGUAUAUUUGGCUUCGCCGGCUACGCGUAACGACCUCCAUAUCUCUACGAGGUUAUUUUAAUCAUAUGGUAUCUGGUUCGGCACGCAAAUUUUACUGGCAAUCAAGUAUCCUAUCUCAAUCUUCACAAGAUCCGCGAUAGCAUAUUAUCAGAAAACACUGCUCUUCCUGGUGAAAUGGAUCGUUGGUACGCGGACAACUAUCAGCAGAGCGGUAUGUCAAUGCAUGGCGCGCCGCUGAACAUGGACCCCGACCUGAUGAGCGAAAUGUACUCCUUUUCCCAUCCCGGUUUGGAUCAGAAUUAUCUGCGCUUCAACACACACGCCAUGCAUUCUGCCGGUUAUCGCUCUUGCGUUCCGAGUGAGUCAUAUCAAGCCUUUUCAACAACCCAUCAUGUAUAUCCCACUUCAUUCCAUUCCCCGGCGUCCACCUUGAAUCCAUAUUUUUCCCCGGACAGCAAGCCCACGUAUCCCAACACUUCGUGCAUGAUGUCGGCUGCCGGCACUUCGGUGUGGGCCUGUCCCAGUGUAGGUUACGCCACCAAACCUCAUUCCUCCCCCACCCACAUCAGCCCGCAGACCUCGGUUAUCCAGACGGCCGGUACCGUGCCGAAACUGCACACCCACAAGACCGCCAGCGAUAUUCCAUCCCGUGCGGACGAUGCCAAAGUGAAGAGCGAAGACGAGCCCAAUUCCGGGGACAUUGACCGCCACAAAGAGGGCAGUCCCCUUCUCGACAAGAUGCCGGAAUCCCAGGAGGAUGACGCUGAGCAGGUUAGCCGGCUGGCGCCGAUGGAUGCCGGCACAGCAGCGGACACGGGCCUGUCGCCGGCGGAGCAGCAAGACACAACAUCAACACAGGGAUCGAAUAUCCUCGCAGCAUCCCUGCAGGCGGCUGAAGGAGGGCUUGUAGUUGUCGGCGGAUCAGAAGACGAACAAGGUGGUAUACCGGUGGCCGCGUCGGAUGAGGCCAGUAUGUCCUACGAGCACGAUAAUGUCCAGUCACAUUCCCAGCGGAUUUCGCAUAUUCCAUUGCGACAUUCACCUUAUGCGGCACAAUCGGCCAGUUCACUGCGCUACAUGCCCAAUUAUCCUACCCCUGAGAGCAAUAAUGCCGUACCGACGCCAAACAUCAACUCAACCAGUCAAAAUAGUCGCCGAGGUCGUGGCAGGACAGUAUCGGAAGGCCGACAAUGUGUCAAUUGUGGUUGCGAGCAGACACCGCUUUGGCGUCGCGACGGGAAUGGACAAUACUUGUGUAAUGCAUGUGGACUUUACCAUAAAAUGAAUGGCUCAAGUCGGCCGUUGAUCAAGCCGAAACGUCGCUUGGUGGCAUCCAAACGCACAGGAACGGCGUGCGCCAACUGCAAAACCGACAAAACCACCUUGUGGCGCAGAGAUUCCAAAGGCAAUCCGGUCUGCAAUGCUUGUGGUCUCUACUUCAAACUGCAUGGGGUGAGCCGACCAAUUACCAUGAAGAAAGACGGCAUCCAGACCCGUAACCGGAAAUUGUCGUCGAAGAGCAAGAAGGGAUUAGUGCGGAGUGGAAUGAAUAUUGAGCUAAUGAAGCCGUUGCACGCGUUUGACAAGUCACAGUUCCGCUUCUCCGCCGUGCCGACUCUCAGUCAUACCGCGCCGCAUUCCAUGAUGGCCUAUCCGGGCAAUAUGCCGACCUAUCCCUACGGCAUCCACGGUCUGACCCAUGUGCAGCAUCCCAGCCAGAUCCAGAGCAAUUUGGACCAUUUAAGCGCCCAGACCAGCAUGCUACAGAAUCCGCAGGCCACCUUCUCCGGUUUUGCUGGACAGAAUAUGACAGUUUUAACCUCGGACCAUUUCCUUGCAGGCCUCUAAAUGUGUGUUCCUAAUGGUAAUCGCACAUCCCAUGACACAUGAGAUUUUUGCUCAAUCCUGAACGACAAUGACGACGUAAAUUGUCUCGCUGUGUGUGCUUCCCGUUUUCCCGUGGGGAUGCGUUAUUCUCUGACCGGUUCCUAUCUGUUUGGAUGCCGCCGUGGUGUCGGCAGUGUAUCCCGCUUUCGUUUUUUCCGGGGUUUUUGUUUCCACGUUGAUUGACAUGGACGAAGUGCGCAAAGCCGGAAACAAGACUGCAGGCCGUUGAUUAUUGGUGGUUAGAUUCGUUAUAUAUGUGGGUGUGUUUUCUCUUUGUUCGCAAUACUCUUGCCUAGAUAGUUGUUAAUAUGGCACAUUUGCUCUAUAUCGACGAUGGGUUAUAGAUUUCUUUUUUCACUUUGUUUUUAACCUGAUUUUAUACCUUAUUGGAGUGUAGUUUUCUAUGUCGAUUGUUGAUGUUGUAAAGUCCACUUCGUUGGUUGGUGAACUUGCACAGUGGACCGUUUUGCAAAAAGACGGAUAGUGUUUUUUAGUGUUUUCCUAUUGUCUUCCAAAGUGUUUGACGAUGGUUAUAUUUUUUGGCUUUCACUGUACGGGUUAGUUGUUCUAUUCCUGCUGUUGAUAUAUAUUUACACUGUUAAAUUUUGGGACAAAUCUG